CUCUCCUUAUUAUCUCCCUCUCUUCUCUACUUUUAUCUCUCAAUCAGAAGGACAGGAAACACCGAUACACAAAGCUGGCAACCGAUCGAUCCAGAAAAAUAUCAAGAAAGUGCAUGGAGGUUAAGAGUAACAGUUGUAUUGAUAUGAGUGGUGGAGAAGAAGAUGAUCAAAUGAACAUGAUAAUGAUAAAUGAUCUUCGAAGAGGUCCAUGGACUGUUGAAGAAGAUUUCGCUCUCAUCAAUUACAUCGCUCAUCACGGCGAAGGCCGAUGGAACUCUCUUGCCCGUUGUGCUGGACUGAAGAGAACUGGAAAGAGUUGUAGAUUGCGGUGGCUUAAUUAUCUCCGCCCAGAUGUUCGUCGUGGAAAUAUUACUCUUGAAGAACAGCUUUUGAUUCUUGAACUUCAUUCACGUUGGGGCAAUCGGUGGUCAAAAAUAGCACAACACUUGCCGGGAAGAACUGACAACGAGAUAAAGAAUUAUUGGCGAACAAGAGUUCAAAAACAUGCUAAACAGUUGAAAUGCGAUGUUAAUAGCAAACAAUUCAAGGACACCAUGCGUUAUCUUUGGAUGCCACGAUUGGUUGAGCGGAUUCAGGCAGCUUCCACUAACACCGGAGAUUCUUCCUCCCUAACAACCUCCACCACCACCACCACCAACUACGAUGACGUGGACAUGGAUAAUAGUGGUACAAGGAAUUUGGUAACGCCCAAAACUUUCUCUGGUACUUAUGGGAAUACCCAAAUUAAUCCUACGGACACGACGGAGGAGAAUUCAAGAACCACCGCGGUUUCACCGGUAUCAGGUUUGACUGAUUGUUAUUAUCCGAUGAAUCAGAGACAAAAUCAAGAUUCCUUUCAAAACAUCAACAAGAUUGGUGACGGAUUCGAUGGUUCUCUUAUUAGCCCCUCGGGUUACUUCAAUCAAACAAUGGAUUUUGAAGCAAUAGUGGAACAAAACAACCAAUGCUCCGGCGUUAUUGACUUUUCGGAUAAUUUGUGGAACGUCGACGACUUUUUAUUUUUUCAACAACAUUUCGACCGUAUGUGAUGAAAUAACCAAAAAUUCUGAUAAUAGUUUAGCCA